AUGCUGCAGCUUCCGCUCCGCAAGAAGGGGACCAGAAGGACUGCUAGGUUGCGCCAGUCCCUCUUCGCCAGCCGAAGAGCAUCGGAGGCAGACUCGAUGAGCACGGCGUCCUCGGAGGGCACUGAUGCAACAGACGCAACAGACACAACGGACGACGAGCACGAUGUGCCCGUUUUAAGUCCUUCUCAACCUGAACACCGUAAUGGCUCUACAUCACCACGCAGCAAGGAGGAACCUCCAGGUUCCCCGCGAUUGCGAGCCGACAAUGUCAGGGACCGUCUCUUCUCUCGCGCCCCGUUGUCUGGGCCGGAAUGCGAGGCUAGAGAGGCCCUGGAAGGCACCACGUCUGCAUCCAGCUCCGGUAAAUGUUCGAACGAAGGAUGCACGGUACACCCUCAGAACUCCCCGUUGUCCGGAGAAGAGCUAAGAAACAUAUUCUCUGGCUCUCCGCAUUUCUUGCUCGAAAAGGGCACACGUUCGCAUUGGUUCCCGCAUGUCGUCUUCCCCUGGGACGAGAGUACUCGGAUUCAGAACCUCCAGGACCGGAAACCGUUGCACCAUGCCUCGUUUACGCUCUCUACGCUCCAUGCGCAUCUACCUGCGUUUCUUGAGCGGAGGAAAACUUCUACCGAGCCCCAGGAUAUGGCAGAACUAGAGGGGUCCAAGCAGCCGGCUUUUGAUAUUGGUGUCUUUGAGGUACCCAACAUGCUCUCCUCCCGGGCAAUGGAGAGAGGAUGCGUUGGUUUCCGCCAUUACAUGGAACUUCCUAUCGCGCCUAAGCUGAAGCCCAACUUUGAUAAGCCCCCGGACAUGGUCUCGCCGGAUUUUCAGUACACCUCCCGGAGAGGUAGUGACGAGCCGUACGUCUGCUGUCGACCUGGUAUCCGGUUCAACCGUGCACAGCUGAUCAAGGGAGGGCCACCAACGUGGAAGCGUCUCGGGGUUCGUGGUUGCUCGACAAAACAGGUCGCUCAACGGCUGGAAACACUCUGCGAUUUGCGUGACCAGAUGGUUUUCCAGGCUAGCCCAAUUAACUUAUUUGAUACGGAGUCUAUAACUGAGCUCCAUCAGCGUUUAUUUUCUACUUUCCUCUACCCACCUCCGAGAGAAGUGCAGGGCGAUGCCUUCAAGCAUACUAGCCUAAAGACUCAGAUUGAUAUACUUGUCAAAGUCCUCGCUGUCCAGGGUGCAUGGGUUGAUUUCACCCUUAUUGAGUGGAGGAUUCGCGCCGGCCAGCUUCUCUGGGAAUGCCCGCCACACCACGACGGGAUCAUCAAGGACCAGUACCCAGAUGGCACAGACGUCAGUAUCGAUGCAGAAAGGCAGUGGCUCUUGAUUCAGCUGCUGCUGGCUGCUGAAUUGGUCCUGCGACUUGACGCCGCCGUCAAGGUUGGCAUUAUAGGCCGCUCAAAGGGCCUCAGCGUUACCCAGCGGGACAUGUACCAUAUCAACGAUAUGAGGAAUGAUCAGGUUGACUGGGCAAUCAUCUGCUGCCGGAGAGCGUUUGAAAGCAUGACCAUCAAAUAUGCUCCCACAGGUGGGAAGUCACCUACUAUUGUCGUCGAACCCCAGGAGACGUCCAUUUCGCGAAUUCGGCAGAUGUUAAAACGGGGUAAGAUCAAGGAAAAGCAGUUGCAGCAGCAGCAGCAGCUGAGUGAGGCUCGAAUAGAGUGGGAUUGCAUCACUAGGCCCCGAUUUCUCAAGAAGCAGCUGGACGGUCUCUUUGUGUUCAUGGAUAUAAUACAGUGGCCAGAUGCGGACGGUAUGAAGCUUCAAUUAGAACGGAAAUUCAAUGCUGUGGUUUCCGAUCCUGCUGCUAUGGUCCGGACGCUCUCUACACCGCUCCUCACCGGCACGAUGAAACCCGACGAUAGACCUCUCCAGAGGCUAUCCGACUAUGAAAAUUCAAUCACCUCCCAUCUCGUUCUGCUGGUGCCUCCCACUCAAGAAAGUUCCGUUACCUCCUCGACGACAUGUUUUGGCGGAUGGAUAUCUCGCUCGUGGCUCACAGGGUUUGUGCUACCUGGAGAAGCUGUGAAUGACCUGCUCAUUGGGACCUUGUUAGAAAACGACCCUCAUGCGCUAGAUGCUCUUGGCCCAGUUGCCAACCUAUACGGCGGAUUUAUAUAUAAAGGUCGGAGCUGGUGGAGUAAGAUGUGCGUCGUAUCCCGAAUUGUCUCCUGUCUAGAAGGGUCCACUACGUGCAUGGGAUGGGUUUCGAGUCUGGUCGUACCUCAGGACGAACACGGCAGGGAUCAUACGGACCAAUGGGUUGAAGUCGAGUUGAAGGAUGACCUGCGCGACUUGACGGUGCCACGAAUUUACAAAACGACGCAGGUCUUGCUUGACUCGUCGCCACUUGGGCCAGGCGGAGAACUUACUCCCGAGCAGUUCUCCCUGCCAAUGGACGAUGCUGACCUGUAUAACCUCCGCCAGACAAGCGUGAUGUUUAACAACAUAACGCUUGCUAAGGUCAAACGAGACGAUCCAAGUAAAUAUCUCCCUCUAAAGGCGCUGGCGUACGCCUUUUUCACCAUCAAGGAAACACCCAAAUCAAAACCACGCAAGGUCCUCUUCCCGUUAAGCAAGAACUCACUUUUCGUCUCCUCAUUCCCGUGUCUUCCUCCUCGGGGUUGGGCUGCUCACUUCGCAAGUCACGACCAUGGCUCAGAAUCCUCAUCAUCUCCUCCCCACCCAGAGUAUCACAGGCACUUCCAGCCCCCUACCCCAGACGACGAAGACACGUAUGACUGGAGCUCGGGACCCGACUCGCCAGGCACAGGCCCCUUCAAUGCUGCUCCAGGUCAUAAAGUCAACAGCUUCCGCCUUCCAGGCCACCCGCUCCACACCUAUUUUUACCCAUACACGUACAUCCCCAUCCCCUCGCUUCCAAACGUGACGGUCUUCCCGCCAAAAGCCCCCGAGACCGCCGAUCCGUCCCCGCCAGAGAACCAAAACACCCCUCACUCAGGCAGUGCGGAGAGGAGGCGGCGGCGACGACGACGUCAGGCCGUCACGUACAUCAUCGACGCCAGGGGGAGCAAGCACAAAGAAGCGUUUGCAAGGGCGUGGUGUACGGCCGUUUGCACAGAUGCAGUGGUCGCAAGGGUGGGGCGCACUUGUCUGGCAUGUAGUAUUCGGGAGGCUAGGGCGAUUGAUGUAAAUGUGGUCAUUCGUGUUGGCACCAUGGCCAGUGGGAUUAACUAG